CUUGGAGCUCAAGCAAAGUACAGUUCUUCGUUGAAAAUCUCUAUAACUGUUUUCUUUACCCAGAAAAAAAAAAGCAAUUGUUACUUUUUUUUUGAACAUAAUGCGAAGAAGAUUUCUAGAAUGUUGACGAAAGCUCUUCUGAUUUUGAAACCCAGGUUAAUUCUGGGAAGUUCGCUGCAUCGUCGAUCGGUUUGUUUCUCAGCUCCGUUGCCUGCGUUGUCUUCCGGAGCUAUUUCCCGUACGACGGCGGAAAUUGACGCUGAUGAAGCUGUUGCGUACUUGGACCCAGCUGAAUCGUCGACUGCGAUUCCGGUGAUUAUGCCUGGUAACCUUCAGCCACGUGUCGUCGUGUACGACGGAGUCUGUCAUCUUUGCCAUGGAGGUGUGAAGUGGAUAAUCAAAGCUGAUAAGUAUAGAAAGAUAAAAUUCUGUUGCCUUCAGUCUAAAGCAGCUGAGCCUUAUCUAGAAGUGAGUGGUGUCACUAAAGAGGAUGUUCAGAAACGAUUUCUCUUCGUUGAAGGUCUCGGAUUUUACCAUCAGGCAUCAACCGCUGCACUUCGAGUGGUAUCAUACUUGCCUCUGCCGUAUUCCGCAUUGAACGCUUUCUCCAUCGUUCCCACUCCUUUUAGAGACUCAGUGUAUGACUAUGUGGCGAAGCAUCGGUAUGACUGGUUUGGUAAAGCUGAGGAUUGCUUGGUUCUGAAAGACAAAGAGCUGUUGGAGAGGUUUAUAGACCGAGAUGAACUCAAUGAUCGAAGCUAAUGACUACCCUUUGAACGAUUGGAGUUGAAUAUAGAUUAUAAGGGAAUAUAACUAGAGGAAAUUGUCCAAGUAUCAAAGCUAACAACAACUGGAGUUUGUGUUAGGUUUCUGAAAAGUAAUCACAGAGGACUAACAACCUUCCAAAGCUAAUUCAGCGCUAUCUCCAUUGCUAGUUCUAUUCAUGACUUCCGAGUUCGGACAAAUUAGUAGUUAAUGCUUGAAAGCUUUUGGCAUGAGAAAUUAAUUCGAAAUUGAUGAUUUCUGAAAGAUGUUUAGAAUUUUGCUAGCUAUUCAAUCAAACCGAGGUGAUCUGGAAAAUAUAAUUGAUGAGUCAA